UGAUUUUUUUUUUUUAACAGAGAAUGACACAGAAAGACAAAGCAUGUACAAUGGCCUGGGUAUCUGUAAGGAACAGCAGCUGGAUGUUCCCCUUAAUAGCAAUGGAGACCGAGAGCAAGGAAAGGAACCAGGUUACAGGCUCAGGAAACCUACAGCACUUACGAUCGUGGCAGCCGUCACCGUCCUCAUCUCGGGUUUAAUCGCAACCACAGCCGCCCUGGCAGUCAGAACCAGGAAGUCAUGUUUGGAUUCUGCGGACGUCCCAUCAUGUCCGGAUGGCUGGGUUGGCUACCGAAGACGGUGCUACUUCUUCUCCGAGGACGAAAGGAAUUGGACCGCCAGCCAGAGCUACUGCUCUUCACACGGUGCCUCUCUGGCUGGGAUUGACAGCGGCCUGGAGAUGACAUUCCUUCUGCGUUACAAAGGGAGUGUUUACCAUUGGAUCGGCCUCAGAAGGGAGCCCAGCCAGUUGUGGAAGUGGCCCAACGGCACCGAAUUUGACAACUGGUUCGAAGUAAGGGGAGGAGGCGACUGUGCAUAUCUGAAUGACAUAGGUGUCAGCACGUCAAGCUGUGAGACAGAGAAGAAUUGGAUCUGCGCCAGACCGUUGGAUGUGGGAAAUGAAAAGAGAACUGCCUGGAAGAGAUGGCAAAACAGAAACAUGCUGUUACCUAAUAAAGCCGUCUAAAAAAAUA